AUGGAUUGUCGUUUCAACCUCCUGCAACUCCCUUUGGAAUUGCGACAAAUGAUCUAUCGCGCCUAUUUGGUCGUCGAUGGCGGGUAUAUCUGCGAUGCUGAGGCGCUUUUCACGGGCAAGCUCCGGGGUGUGGCCAAGUGCAGGCUUACGCAAGCCGAUGGAAAGCCCAUCGAAAUGGCUCUCGUUAUCACCUGCCGGGCUGUUGCGAAAGAAAUGCUUCACGGCGGGUUAGCCUUGCGCGUCAACACGGUGGCUUUCUGGACCUUCUAUUCUGAUGAGUUCCGCCAGCGCGGUGAAAGACUCCAAGCUUUCAGGAGCGAGGGCGUGGACUGCAACAUAUUCAACAUGAUGAGAAACCUUGGCAGAUGCCUCCAAGGCCCAGUGUACGAUGCACUCAAAAACGCCUACCCGGUUUUCAUGCCUGUCGUGGAGCAUUUGAGGGGCGGAAACCCGAACACGGACCUCGUGGCGCCUCCGGAUUCGAAUUAUGGCCAGGCGCCUUCGCUAUACCGGGAAUUUGUUAGACUCGCCCUCCGGCUUGCGUGUCGCUACUAUGUCGAUCAAUUCAACGAGGCAAUGAGAGAGGACUUCGCCAUCCAGGAAUCGGAUGGUCGGAGGGUAUGUGCCUGA